CUGAGUUGCCCAGUCUCUCAUGAACCACUUGACUCAAGGAAUUAUCCUAUCUUAGUUUUCAGAGUAAGUGAGACUAAGGAGCCUACCAGGCCUAACGAUCAUACUUCGGGUAUUUUGGAUAAGGAGAUCUUGACUUAGGUAUGUGUUGGAAUUGGACUCUGUCCCCCAACCAGAAGGCAAUCAGCAUCAUGUGGUUACUAACUCCUCUUCCUUCACCUACUGAUGCCUCCCAAAAAGAGACGGUCCAACAAAGCCCAGCUGCUAUUCCACCAGCAACCACUGGAGGGCCCCAAGCACCACUGUGAAUCAGUGCGGCAACGUGCCACUCACACUGUACAAGUGCCCAGCAAGCCCACUGACCAAGCCUUCGCUUCCUGGGUAUCACCUCAGUUUGACACAACAGUAGACAGCUUGUUUCCAGCACGCCGGAAACAUCGUCGAGAUCGGGCAAGACUUUCAAGUCGAAAAUCGACCUGCAAAUUUCCACAUUUAUCCUUUGAGAGUUCGAAGUCUUCUUCCAGGCCAGAGAUACCAGCAAUCCCCUUAGUUAGGGAGUGCCUCAGUCGAUCAGAAAGGGAUGUUUCCAGACAGCCCUUGGUUCCGCUGCUCAGUCCCCAGAGCUGUGAGGAGCCAUCAGCACACGUGCUCCAGAGCUCACUGUGCGUGUUCCCUGCCCCGGACAUUCAGACCCCAGGGCCAUCUGAAAGAGAAGAUCCCAGUCCCCCAGGACAGGGGGAAAACAGCCCUCCAGUCUGUGUCUACUCCCCUACUCCCGACACCCCGGACCCCGGGCCUGUUCUGGUUAAAGACACUCCAGAGGAGAAGUACGGGGUGAAAGUCACAUGGAGGAGGCGAAGGCACCUACUUGUGUUCCUCAAGGAGCGAGGGAAGCUGAGCAGAAGCCAGUUCCUGGUAAAUAGCUGACUGGAUCUCUCAGCCAUCUUCUCCAGAAGUCUCAUAACACUGCAGAUUUUCCUAGAGUUGCUAUAAUCCCAUUUCUAGUUUACAAAAGAGUAUACUGCAAGGAUAGAGUACAGUGAACACCAACAGGAGAAAGAUUUUAACUGGAGCCCCAGGAUCGGAAGGAAAUUCAGUGCCCAGAUUUGCUUUCUAAGAUAACUUGUAAACAGUUGAAUUUAGUGUCGUGAACUGUUCAUAUUUUUUGUUAACCAUUUAAAAUUUUAAAAUCUCGUAGUAACUCUAAAAUGUACAUAAAUAAAUGGUUGCAGAAGGUUUUUAGAGAAACUUGUUUGUAAGCAAUGCAGCAAUAUUGCCUAUCCACAAAUUAUUUUAAAUUUCCUUUGCUUAAUGCUUUAAUUAUCUAACCUGUUUCCUUUUCUUUUUUCUUUUUUCUUUUUGGGUUUUUUUUUUUUUUUUUUCAGUGUUGGGAUCAAAUAUAGGCUCUUACACAUGCUAGACAAGUAUUCUACUGUUGAAGUGCAUCCUACUUCUCCAACCCUUUUUUUGUUGUUGUUUUUGUUUUAGUUUUUCCAAACAGCAUCCCACUGUAUAGGCCAGGCUGACUCUCAUUUCAGUGAGAGCUCUCUAAAUUCUGGUAGGGAGAAGGGGGGUGCAGGGAAUGCCAAGAGGAUAAAGAAAAUAAAGCUAGAGAUAGCUGGGGUCAGAUGGAGCCCUUCCUCCAGACGGAAGGAAGGGACUGCUCAACCACUGCAGUGCAGGUAUUUAUACCUUUGUCCUGUGCCACUCCUUUGCUUAACUAGCUCACCUGUUAUGCCUGGUGUUCUUGAAGCCAACAGGUGUUCUACCUGUUGGCCUCCAGCAUCCAUGUCCUCAUGGCAUUCCUUAGGCACUCAUGCCCUUGGACAUUCUGUGCUUUGGGCUCUGCACAUGUGAAUGAUUAGCUUAGCAGCUUCCAACAGCUGACCUCCAACUCUGUGAUCCUUCUGCCUCAGCCUCCAAAACUACUGGUGUUGCUGGUGUGUACCACCAUGCCCAGGUUUCCAUCUUACAUUUUUGAGUACUAAGUGGUAUCCUCCUGGUAUCCAGGUAUGACCUGAUGGGUGGGGAAAAAAAUCAAAGCAAAAGCCAGGCAAGACCGUGUAUGCCUGUGAUCCCAGGACUUGAGGCAGGAGGAUCAUUGGAAGUUCAAGGCCAACCUAGGAUACAUAGUCUGAAAGGCCAGCUUUGGACUUCAUAGUAAGACCCUGUCUCAAAAAUCAACAAUAAAAAUCAAAAGUAGGUCACUGCAGUGUCCCAUGGGGGGGGGGGUCAAAAGCAGGGCUGGGAUGUAGCUCAAUGGUAGAGUGCUUUCCUAGCACAUACACAGGCCCUGAGUUCAAUCCCCAGUAGUACCACAAAAAAAAAAAGUGAAAGGCAAAUUCUGAUUGCAUGGCUGCCAGCCCACUAUUUUAGUGAAUACAGUGGGGUCAGGGGAGAUAAAGGGGGCAUUGAUCAGUCACUUGGGUUUGCUUGUGGUCUUUUGUUUCCAAUGAAGUCUUUGUAAAUAUGAAAUAGGAAAAACGUUCUUACACUAAGAGUUUAACAAAAAAUCUGAAAAAAUGCUAAUUGUAAUUAAUGCAGGACUUCCUGGUCCUUUCACUCAAUAAUAGUAUCUUGGGCUAGGAAUAUAGCUCAGUGCAAAGUGCCUGCCUGGCAAGCACAAGGUCGUGAGUUCGAUUCCCAGUACCAAAAAAAAAAUUAGUAUCUCGUCCAACCCCAUUCAUUCUGUUGGGUUCUUUGCAUGUGUGUUAUUCCAAGUAAACAUGACGCUGGACAGGGUCACCCUUCAACACUGAUUUACACGUUCUUGCAAACCUAAAAAAUUGAACUUCUGCUUUUUGCAUGAGUGCCAUCACCCUACCCAAUCAGCUGUCAAUAUGUCAUUCUGCCCGCCCCUUUAACUCCACCCCUGUCAACACCAAAUAAAAGCCCAUGGUUUUCUUUCUCCCUCA